CCGUCUCUUCCCUUGCUGUUGCCUCUGGGCCUGGUGCAGCCUCCUUGUAGCACUUCUACUGGCAGCCUCAUAGGUGUUGUCUCAGCAGCCAGGCUGGGCUCCUGAAGGGAUGGAUGAGUGCUCAUCAUGGUUGGCACCACCAUGGCCUGGGACCAGGAGACAGAUGCAUGGGAUAAGGAGGUGAUGGAAAUGCUGCAAGGUCUGAAGAUCAGGAACAGCCUCGUCCUGCAUGAGUUCUCUUCUCUGUAUGAGGUCUGGAGAGGGCCGGCCGUGGACCCCAGCCUCCAGCUUGCAGAGCAAAUCUCCAAACCAAAAGUUGAGGCCUCCAAGAAAAGCUCUGGAAUCACUGUUCCUCAACCUUUCCAAAUGAUGCUGCGUGAAGCAGAGAAAAGGAAGGAGGUGAAGCCCCAACCGUGGGCAGAUUUACAAGCUGAGCAGAGUCCCGCUGAUGCAGAAUGCUUAAAGCAGUUCCGUGCCCAGCCCGUUCCCGCCCAUGUCUUCUUGCCAAUGUACAGUGAGCUAAUGGAGCAAAAUGAAAAACGAAGAAAAUCCUCAGUCCAGAAGAGGCGAGAACAUCUGCUGUCCAUGCAGAAACCCUUCCAAAUUCUGGGACAAGACAGACAAGUGGAAAGAGCAGCGAGUGCCCCCACUGAGAGAGCACCAAGCAGAAAGAGGUCCAUCCCUAAAUCUGUUCUGGACCCCACUGUCAGUGACAGGAUAAGAGAGGCAGAAAUUGUAAGAAAGAUCAACAGUAAUUUGCGAGCAAAGGAUCUGCUGGAGAGCUCGUCGGCCCCUGUCCCAUUGAGCCGAGACGUCCGCAACCCACAUUCCAGAACCUGCCUGAAAACCAAACAGCAGCACCUGGGGUUCCUACAGCAGAAUCUGACAUUCAAGCCCCAUAUAAACCCAUCUGUCCCUGACUUCCAAACGCUGUAUCGCAACUUCCAGAAAUGCUCCUUAAAGAAGCAGAGAGUGCGAGAAGCUACAGAGAGCAAGCCUUUUAAUCUGCGCACCUCCAGCCUCAGCUCUAAGAGACUCAGCAGGACCAGCAGUAUCCAGGAGACCCUACCUCAGCGAUCCUCAGCCCACCUCUCUAGCCUAUCACCGAACACUCUUCCAGUGUAUAUUACUGACAGCACCAAGAGGCGGGAAGUCGCCAUCAGAUCUUCUCUACGGGACAAAGACAUCCAAGAUUUAGUGCGGGAAAAGUGGCUCCAUGAGCACCGUCAGAAAUCUCUGAGCAUGCAGAGCUCGCUGUCCAGACGAGCGGAGGCACUAGAUCCAAACAAGCCUUUAGCUUCAUCCAACAAAGAGAAACUUCAACAGAAGCGACGCUCUGAGCGCAGAAGAACUCAGGAAUACAAGGAGGAGCUGAAGGAAAUGAUGAGACGUGUCGGGGAGAGAGAGUAUCUCUUUGAGCGUGUCACCAAGGGGCGUGCCACUAAAGACAUGGAGCGCAGGUUUACACAGACUCUAGCUCAGGCUGGGUUAAAUGAAGAGUUUGUGCAGCAGAAGGGAGAGGCAUGUGUGGAUGUGAAUGAAUCUGAGGACGGCCAACACGCUGAUGCCGAAUCCAAGUGAGACAGGGAGUGCCUGGCCUAGUUGCCACAACAACCGGACGCCCUGGAGCGGGCAUGACAUCGGGAGAGUCAGUAGAAGCCAAAACAGAAGACAUGGGGUUACUCCAGAAACAAGCCAAAGUCAAUAAACAGGAUGGUCCAGCAAAAAUUCAGCACUGUUCUAAGCACACAGAACAACCAGGAUCCAGGAAAAAUCAUAGGCAUAGAGAAGCAGAAAAUGCCUGACUUAAAUCUUUCCCCUAGCCCUGGGAUUGGACACAGAACCAGGGACCUGAUUUGCCCAGCACACAGACUCAAUGAUAGGUCAAGCAGCCUGGGCUUGGCUGGUAUGGCAAGCUUCCAGGAAUGUGGCUGGGUAAGCUCCUGACAGUACUUUAUCAGGUGUGUAUAUUGACCUAAGGUAAGAUGUUAUCUGAAUAUCUCCUAAAAUAUCACAUAGUGAUGUAAAAGAAAAUGACAAAAACAAGAUAAAAGUCCAGUAAGAAAUUUAGACAGCUUUAAAAUGCUCAAGUAUUGCUGAAAACAAUAUUGUAAUGAGUAUAAAAAGCUUAUUAAAUAUUUCAGUAAAUUAGACGUUUCGCUCUGAAAUUGUGCACAGUUUAAGACUCCACACUGAUGUGCAGUGUCCAGUAAGGCACAAAAAGUGAACCCCAUAGGAUCUGACGAUCUGUGCUGCAUUAUCUGCCUCAAUAUCUUAGUUCCAAAGAGGUUUUCCAACUAAGGUCCCCUGCACAUGAACGUAUGUGUUCCGUUCGGUGCAUUAGGGACCGCAAUUUGCAGUCCCUGAUGCACAGAGAACGUUUGUGUGGCCUCCAGGACGGAUCCAGACCCAUUAAAUUUAAUUGGGGCUGUGAUCCGCCCAAUACGCAAAAAGAUAGAGCAAGUUCUAUCUUUUUGCGGAACGGAACCCCACAGAAGCACUCCAUAGUGCUUCCAUUCCGGAUUUGCAGACCCAUUCAAGUCAAUGUGUCUGCAUCCGUGAUACGGAAUGGUGCCCAUGUAUUGCUGGUCCGCAAUACGGCAACGGGACACCUACGUUCAUGUGUAGGAGGCCUAAUGCUGACAAAUUAAAGGGGUUAGGAUAGGUCAUCAAUAUCUGAAACCCCUGACGAUCAGCCGUUUGAAGUGGAUGAGGUGCUCUAUGCGAGCGCUGCUUCCUCUUCGUUACACUGCAUGUCGUCUCAGUGGUGCAGUGUAAUUACAUUCACUAGACUGGAGUGAAUACUACGCCACCGCUGCCGAGCAGACAACAGGCAGUGUGAAGAGGAAGCCGCACUCACGUGAAGCACCACCUCUUCAAACAGCUGAUGGGUGCUAGGGAUCAGACCCCCACCAGUCAGAUGUUGAUGACCUAUCCUGAGGAUAGAUCAUAAAUAUAAACUGACUGCACAACCCCUUUAAGGUGAAGCUGAUAGAAGCAAUGGAGACUCUUCUCAGUCAUUCACCAGCCACAAUGAGCCCUGGUCCACAGUCGCUUCUCCUCUGACCUCCUUGUGAGGACCAGUGGCAGGGACUAGACUCCUUGGCUUUGAGGUCCCAUCACUCCAGCACAUAUUGAGCUGUGGCCCGCAAUCUCACGGCUUUCCUGCUU